ACACACACACACACACACACACACAUACGGGGAGAGAAAAGAGCGGCUGCAGAUCAGACUCUUUGUUAUUACACACUGUCACUGAUCUCCAUAGACCUCACAGGACAUGAAGGCUGAACUGUUGCUAGUUUCUGCGGUCUGACAGGAGGAUCUGCUGUUUGUGCGGUGUGUGUGCGUGUGUGCGUGCGUGUGUGUGUUUAUUUGGAUGCGGUGCUGGAGGAUCGUGUGCGGUGAAUGCAUGUAUGGUGCGUCUGCCAUCUGGACUCACACGCUAGCUCGCUAGCAUCAGGCUAGCCGAAAAUUAUCAAAACAUAAGUGACCGAGGAGGAAUAAAAUCCCGUUUCCAUGGACAACACGUCCAUCAUUACCCAGGUAGCAAAUCCAAAGGAGGAAGAGAUCCUUUCUUCUUGCCAAGAAAAAGUCUCCCAGUCCAAUAGCAGUUUAAAGAAACACAGGAACCGAAGUAUCUUUAGUCCCUUCUUCUGCUGUUUCCGGGACUAUAAUGCAGAGCCACCAGCCACCAACAACAAGACCUGCUCGCUCCCUCCACCUGCCGAGGAUAACAGCAGCUCUCCAAAGUGUGAUCAGGUCCAGGUCAUUCCUAUUCCCAGUCCUCCAGCCAAAUACAUUUUGCCUGAGGUCAGCAUUAAUGAUUACGGCAAGAACUGUGUGGUCAUUGACCUGGACGAGACCCUUGUGCACAGCUCCUUCAAGCCCAUCAGCAAUGCAGACUUUAUAGUCCCUGUGGAGAUCGACGGAACAGUUCAUCAGGUGUAUGUGCUGAAAAGGCCUCAUGUGGACGAGUUUCUGCAGAAAAUGGGCGAAAUGUUUGAAUGUGUUCUUUUUACAGCCAGCCUGGCUAAGUACGCUGACCCUGUAGCAGACCUGCUGGACCAGUGGGGGGUGUUCAGGGCUCGGCUCUUCAGGGAAUCCUGUGUGUUUCACCGGGGAAACUACGUCAAAGACCUCAGCCGACUGGGCCGAGAGCUCAACAAGGUCAUCAUCGUGGACAACUCACCUGCCUCCUACAUCUUCCACCCAGAGAACGCUGUGCCAGUUCAGUCGUGGUUUGAUGACAUGACAGACACAGAGCUCCUGGAUUUACUGCCACUGUUUGAAGGCCUAAGCCGAGAGACUGACGUUUACAGUGUGUUACAGAGCCUGAGGGACAGGUAGCACACGGGCUCAACACUGCCUCCAAAACACCACCCUCCAUCCAUCAUCCAUCCAUCCGUCCGUCCGUUCAGUUCUGGCCUUCAGAGGAUGCCAUUCAUCCAACCAACUACUCCAGAUCCUCAAUGGACCAAGGGCCUACAAUAAUCCUUGGCAAGCAAAUACACAUCUGAGUUCACCUUUUGACGCACAAUGAAAAUAAGUAAAACAAAGCGUCAUUUUUUUUUUUUUUUUAAGAAACACGAGUUUAAUAUUCUUGAAUAUAAAAAAGAUCAACAAGACAUGCUAUUUUUCUGGACCGGCGUGUAAACACUUUCAACUUUUUGUUUUUCAGUUCAGGCUAUGCAGGCAGUCUUCAUCAGUAGUUCCAACAACUGUGAUUUGUUUUUGUUUUUUUAUUUCGUUUUGUUCUCUUGUACCAAACAAAGUGCCUUCUGACUGUUGUUUUUAUGAGGACAUGUUUUUUGUAUGCUGCAUAUUUACAGUUCGAAACCUUUAAACCAACCCUUACUGUAAGACCAAGGUAAACGGUGAGUCUUUUGAUGGAAAAAAAAACGCAGACUUUUCACUGGACUGGAGAGAAGCAGAUGCGCUUGUUUUCUUGGGUUCUUUUAAUGCCUUUGAAAAUAUAGCAAGUAUUGUGUUCAAAAGAAGCGUUUGCAUCUAUUAGCCAACUGUGAUCUGAACUAAUAACGCUACAUAUAUUGUAAAAAAAAAACAAUCCAAUACGUCAGGAUCUGAAAUUAUUAAUCAUCGUGGAAAUAAAAGAUGCAAUCAGUA